AUGACGUGGGUCCCGCAGGAGUCUGAUGUAAAGGGGAUUCUUGAUCUACUACACACGUCUCAAACUGGUGAUACAAAUGCUCAGCGUCGAGUUCAUGAGACGUUAAACACUCUUAGCAGUUCUCCGGACUUUGCAAAGUAUCUUAUAUUUAUAUUCUCGAAAAUGAUUGGCGAAGACGAAUAUACUCGAUCAAUGAGCGGUUUGAUUCUGAAAAAUCAUCUGGCGUCCACGUACAGCAAGCAACCACCAGACGUUAUUGCUUGUGUAAAGGAGGAAGCCCUUAGGUCAAUGAACGACCCACAUCCCUUGAUUCGCUCAACCGCCGGCACUCUCAUCACAACCCUUGUCAGUGUUGGUGGACUGCAAUCGUGGCCGCAGGUCAUUCCUCAACUAAUUCAAAGUCUCACCACUCACGACCCAUAUCUCCUUCAAGGUACCUUUGAUGCACUUAAGAAAAUUUGCGAGGAUUCUAAGGAUGAUCUUGAAGAUGAUAGCUUCGUUAAUGUGUUAGAUGAAUUGAUCCCGAAAUUCAUCCAAUUCUUUUCGCACCCUCACCCCAAGAUAAGGUCUCUCGCAUUGCACUGUGCCAAUCAAUUCAUAUCAAAUCAGUCUCGUGCUUUUAUGAAUCACAUUGACGAAUUCCUUCGAGCCCUUUUUGCGUUAGCUGAUGACUCAUCCAAAGAGGUCGUCAAACUUGUGUGUUCUGCAUUUGUCUUUCUCGUUGAGGUCCGUGUCGAUAUACUCUUACCGCAUAUGCCUAAUAUAAUCGAAUACAUUUUGCUCCGAACCCAAGAUGCUGACGAGGCUACCGCACUUGAGGCGUGUGAAUUUUGGCUCUCUCUGUCUGAUGCACCUUUAUGCUUUCAAGUUUUAAGCGGAUAUCUUGACCGUCUUAUUCCAGUGCUUGUGCGAGGGAUGAAGUAUUCGGAGAGUGAUCUUGCCUUGCUCAGUAAUGAUCUCGAUAACGACUCUCAUGUGCCGGACAAAGACAGUGAUAUCAAACCACGUUUUCACAAACCACGAAAUCGCAUGCAAGGCGAUGAUGAUGAUGACGAUGACGAUGAAUACGUAAGUAAUUGGACCCUGCGGAAGUGCUCAGCGGCGGCGCUAGACGUGCUGGCCAACAUAUUUCACAGCGAAAUUCUUCAAUACCUCCUCCCAACCACGAAGGAGUAUCUCCUUUCCCAAGACUGGUGCUACCGGGAAUCUGCCAUCCUUGUCCUCGGUGCUAUUGCUGAGGGUUGCAUGAACGACAUGGUGCCCUAUCUCCCUGAUCUUUGCACCAUCUUUAUCAAAGCACUGGCUGAUCCAAAACCACUCAUUCGGAGCAUCGCCUGUUGGACUCUUAGUAGAUACGCUAAUUGGAUUGUUGGGCAGCCACACGACCAAUAUCUGCGCCCCCUAGUAGGCGAGCUCUUGAAUCGCAUCCUAGACACCAACAAGCGCGUUCAGGAGUCGGCGUGCUCGGCAUUUGCCACACUGGAAGAGGAGGCUGGAACAGAUCUGUGCCCCUACUUAGACCAUAUACUUCAGACUUUGGUCACUGCGUUGGGCCAGUAUCAACACAAGAAUCUGAUUAUUCUCUACGACGCGAUUGGCACUCUGGCUGACUCUGUUGGGCAUAAUUUGUAUAAGAAGGAUUACGAGGAUUUAUUAAUGCCUGCUCUGUUUACCAAGUGGAACAACCUUAGAGAUGAUGACAAGGACUUGUUCCCCCUUUUGGAAUGUCUAUCAAGUGUCGCUACAGCACUCGGUAUUGGAUUUUUACCCUAUUGCGCACCUGUAUUUAACCGAUGUGUGACGCUGGUUGAGAAGACUAUCCAGCAGAGUAUGGCAAACGCGCAACAACCAGAGUUGUAUGAGCAGCCAGACAAGGAUUUCAUGGUGGUAUCAUUGGACUUGCUGAGCGGGAUUGCAGAGGGCCUGGGAAACCACAUUGAGCCACUGAUGGCGAACAGCAACCUCGUCACGUUGCUUCACCAGUGCGCCCAAGACCAGCAGCCUGACGUGCGCCAGAGCACUUUUGCCCUCCUCGGCGAUCUUACGAAGGUCUGCUUCGCUCACAUCAAACCCCAAGUGGCUGCUUUCAUGAGCGUCCUUGCGCAGAACCUCUCCUCUCCCAACAUCUCCGUAUGCAACAACGCUAUUUGGGCCAUCGGGGAGAUCUGCAUGCAGAUGGGCGAAGAGAUGCAGCCAUACGCUUCACUUUUCAUCCAACCCUUGGUGGAGAUUAUUAAUCGGCAAAAUGCACCGAAGACGCUUCAUGAAAAUGCCGCUAUCACAAUCGGGCGUCUGGGGUACGUGUGCCCAAGAGAGAUCUCCUCCUUUCUGCCUCUCUUUAUCCGUGCAUGGUGUCUAUCUCUGCGCAACAUCCGUGAUAAUGAGGAGAAGGACAGUGCAUUUCGAGGCAUCUGCAAUGUGAUAACGCUGAAUCCACAGGGUGUGAUGAACGAAUUCCUCUUCUUCUGUGACGCAGUCGCCUCCUGGAACAAUCCCAAGGAUGAUUUAAAGCAAAAAUUUUGGUGGCUUUUAAAACGGAGGUUGGGGAGGAGGCAUGGAACAAAUUUUGGACUCAGUGUCCACCAAUGCUGCGCAAUCGACUUAACAGCCAGUACGGCCUCUAGACGGAGAGAGGCGGGUGGUGACCAGGAGGACAGGGACGUUGACUCUCGUCGUCGUUCCCUUGCAGUUGCCGCUACUGCUGUGCCGCCGUCGUCGCCACACCUCAUGCUUCUUCCGCUCAUUAUCAACGCAUCUGCCUGUUGCCCUCUGUCCGUCCGUCUGCUCGUUCGCUUUAUUGUCUAUCUUCCUCCCUCUAUCUCCGUUUACCAUCGCAUUUUUUAUCAACUCGGCGUCCUUUCGGGAUGCAGCCAUCGCUGUUGCCACCAGCUGUUGCUAGAAGGGAUAAGCGAUGUGGCCAAGACGCCAUAUACUGGCUGUUGCGAGACCGUAAAAAUUGCUGCAAGCUCAGAACGAUGUGUCAAUUUGGGGGAGCGGGAGGCGGUCAAACUCCGCUUUACUGCUUGCUGCAUCGGUUGGUUUUCCGUUCAGAGGAACGGCACCCCAGUCGUGCCGACAGUCUCCUGCACCUUCAUUCCUCGCUUCAACCCGACUACUGGCAUGGUGCAGUGGGAUAAUGUGGGUGAAGAUUAUGAUUUUGAGCAAGAGGUUGCCCAAUCUGCCUACGCUGAUAUGCUACACGACCGCGAUCGCAACCAACGCUACUACGAGGCCUUGCGCCACGUUAUUACGAGCAUGAAGGCCGCUGGACGGGAGGUGCACGUGCUGGACAUCGGCAGUGGAACUGGUCUUCUCUCGAUGAUGGCAGCGCGAGUCGGUGCCGACUCGGUCAUUGCCUGUGAAGCCUUUGGUCCGGUUGCCACUUGCGCUCAACGCAUCCUGCAAGCCAACGGGUUACAAGAACGCGUGAAGCUGAUUCACAAACACUCCACAGAUCUGGUGGUGGGUGAGGAUAUGCCACGCAAAGCCAACGUUCUUGUUGCGGAGCUGUUUGACACAGAACUUAUUGGAGAAGGCGCUCUGAAGGUAUAUCUUCAUGCUGCUGAUAAUCUUCUUACGCCGGAUGCUAUCCUCAUUCCCUGCAAGGCCAAAAUGUAUCUACAGAUCGUAGAGUCACCGUUCCUCUGGUCUCACAAUCAAAUCGAACCAUUCGGAGGUGACUUGUCCUUCCCCUCGGUGGAAAUGCGUCGCUGUCACGGUUCACCUGUCGUUUUCGAUCUCCAGGUAUCGCGUCUCAAAUUUGUUCACGACGAGAUUAUCACAAGCGAUGAGGAUCGCGGUGCUGUCCGGUGCCUCCUUGAGAGCCCCCUAAUGUUCCAUGAAUUUAACUUCGCUCCAUAUUCUUCCAAUCUAAAGCUUGAGGAGGUGAAACGGAUUACUGAAGUGGAUGGGAACCCAAUAACAGCUUGCCGUGGCGGCUUAGCGCACGCUGUGAUAGUGUGGUGGGAGCUGCAAAUGGAGCCAUCCGAUCACGUUCCAGCUAUCACCAUGGCUCCAGUGGGCGCAGAGCCCUGGGCUAGGCCUGGCGACCCGCGUGCGACUCCAGCAUGGCGUGAACACUGGAUGCAGGCAGUUUACUUUCCCCGUUGCUGUCCCCUCGCCCUCUCCGCUGGUGAAGCGCUUUGCGUCGACUUCUCUCACGACGCCUUCUCCAUACACCUGGACCUCCACCGCGCUUCCUCUUCGCCCCCUCUCACCGAACAGCAUCUGCCCUUCUGUCAUUGCCUCACCCACGUCGCCUGGCCUCGCUCCCGCUUUGCCCAACUCAACCAUCCUCACUUCCGAGAGGACUCUCUUCGCCUCACCAAAUUCGUCAUCGACCACGUAUCUGCUCUCCAGACACCUUCUAUAGCGCUCGUCAUCGUCUCCGAUGCCUCUCAUAUCCCACUUCAGGUCCACCAAUCCCUUCCCCUUAGUAAAGCUACAAUAUUCCAUUUGGACUCCUCGCCGAUGUCUUUAAAAAUAAUGGACCCUCUGUACCGCAAGGCUCAUUCCGAUAUCAGGCUCGAGGAGAAUGUAGACAAUCUACUGGAUUCUCUCGAAAGCUUUGUUGAAAAAUCCCCUACACCCGUGGAAAUAUGCGUAAUAUCGGAACCCUUUGUGAUAACUGCCCUGCUUCCUUGGAAUUCCAUUAAAUUUUGGUACGUUUUUGGGCAAAUUAAGGAGCGAUUGCCUCGCCACUCUUGUUGGCUGAUGGCACCCACACAUCUGCGUAUCUGCGCAGUAGCCAUGGAUUUCGAACACCUCUGGAAGAUCCGCGCGCCUGUUGGAGCUGACUGCGAGGGCUUCGAUUUACGCCUCUUCGAUAAAAUGAUUUUGUCGGCUGCAGCGGCCACCGAUGCGCCAGUAGAACCGCAGCCUCUGUGGCAGUACGCGGGUAAGGCACGGUCGCUUCCGAGCUCUGUUUUCGAGAUAUCCCUACUCGAUCCACCCACCUUCUCUGCUCACGGCCCCGAGGCACCGAACACUCUUGGCGCUAAGGUCGUUCAAACUCAAACCCUUACACUCUCCACUGCCGACGGGUCAUCAGUCAAUGCGGUGGCGCUGUGGGCGGAGUGGCGCAUAGCUGACGAGAUGUGGCAUGUGGUAGGGGGACCCAGUAGACCCAUUGAAGUGAACAAGGAAGUGGAGUGGUGUAAGGCUGGUCCUCACCCAGGAGUCGUCUUUCUAAAUCCCGGCCUAAGCGAUAAACUGGGGUCGCAGAAACAGUCCUGUGCUUUGAAGGUGGAAAGUGGCUUUGAUUUUUACACUGGAGAACCGAAUUUCUGCUUCAGUGUUGUUUGA